UUCCGAUUUCCUGGAAGUUGGGAGGAUGAGUUCAGUUGAGACAGCCUCGAAACAAGAGUACGAGGGAGACGAUGCUGUAGUGUCCAGCAAACUGCGGCGGGGACUCUGGUCUCCUGAAGAGGACGAGCUUUUGAGGAAGCACAUCCUGCAGUAUGGAUAUCAAGUCUGGAGCUCCGUGCCCAAGCUUGCAGGCCUGCAAAGAACUGGCAAGAGUUGCAGGCUGAGAUGGAUGAACUACUUGAGACCGGAGUUGAAGCACGGAAAAUUCAGCGAGCAGGAGGAGGAAACUCUCUGUCGACUGCAUGAAUUGGUUGGAAACAGAUGGGCUUACAUUGCUACUCAACUUCCUGGGAGAACGGAUAACGAUGUCAAGAACCAUUGGAACUCCCGCGUCAGAUUCAAGGCCAAGGGGAGGAGCUCUAGCAGCUGUGGAAGAAGUUCUUCGAUCACAAGUGAAACAGCACUCCCUCGCCAAGACAGUGAGAAGAGUUUAGAGGGAGGUGAGGAAGCACAGCGAUUGAUGAUGGAUGGCGAUCUGGGUUGCAUUGUCUGGCAAAGCUCCUGCAGCGGUAUGGCAUACGAGAGCAGCAGCAGCAGCAUCAGCAGCAAUGGCAGUAGCAUCAGCAGCACUGGUGUCCAACUUUUGGAUCAUCAUCACCUGGCGGUGGCAAGCACCACUUCUAGCGGCGACUGCUUGCUCUGCGGCGAGGCAUGUCCUCUGCGAGCGCUGGUUGAGCUCCAGCUGCAAGACGAGUGCCUGGAUUUGAGCUUCUGCCACAGUGUCAGCGGUAGCAGCAGUAGCAUCUAAGGGAGAGAGAGAGA